AUGUCCUCCAAAGUCUUCAUCGUCACAGGCGCCAGCCGCGGCCUCGGGCUCGCCAUCGCAAAGUACCUCCCCGAGGCUUCGCACCAAGUUGUCCUCGCCGCCCGGUCCCGUGACCAAGCUCGAAGAACUCCAGACGCCUACCCCAAGCAGGGUCGAGUUGCGCACCACGCGAUCAAGACGUUUGGCAGGAUCGACGGCAUCGUCAUCAACCACGGCGUCUUGACGCCCCUCAGCCGGCUGGAGAAUGGCUCCAUCGAGGAGUGGAGAAAGAGCUACGACAUCAACGUGUUCAGCGGAUUGGCAAUUGUGAGGGAUGAUUUUCAAAUUCUUUGCAUUCUAGGUGCUGACUAUGCUCAGGUGCAAGCUGCGCUGCCGGAGCUGAGGAAAUCCAAGGGCAGUGUCCUGUGGGUUUCCUCCGGCGCUGCCACCAAAGCCUACACGGCUUGGGGCGCAUACGGCUCGUCCAAGGCCGCCAUGGACCACAUUUCUGCGCACCUGGCAGUGGAAGAGCCCGACAUCACCACCGUUGCUGUCACCCCUGGCCGGGUCGACACGGACAUGCAGAAACUCAUCCGGGAGGGAGGCAAGGAUGCGAUGAACGCCAAAGACCACUCGGCCUUCUCCUCAGCCUAUGACAACGGCGAGCUCGUGAAGCCAGAGCAACCCGGCCAUGUCAUGGCGCGGUUCGUGAUCGACCCAGAUCACAGCCUCACAGGCAAGGUGCUGAAGUGGCAGGCGAGUGAGCUUGCAGCAUACCAAGACAAGUAG